CAAGCGUGUCGUGUUUUUGCUCGGGAAGAAAGAGAGAGAACGUGAUAAAAGUUAAUUUUUUAAUUUCCAAAUUUACAAUUGAAUUAAACACAAUGGGAGAAUUGUCGAGAAUAAUGGCGAGUGACUUAUCCCAACCUGCAGAUGGUGUUCUUGAAGAAAAAUUCAAUACUGAUUGCAAUUUCGGGUCGGUCAUCUUGCCUUAUCAGGAACUUCACAGGUACACCUUUGGCGAAAAGUACGUCUCGUGGAAGACUCAGGGCGAAUUCAUCUUUUUCCAGAGCAAGCGACCCCACUGGAAUUGGAGUUUCGCCAUGGAAAUUUUAUGCGGAAGAGACAGUUAUUGGAUCAAACCAGCGAGGGGAAACAUAAUUUUCAAAAACGGCGUAAAAUUUGAUACUGAUGCCAAGAUUCAGCUCAAUUUCGGUGAUGAAUUAUCCUUUACCAAACAUCGCAACAAUGUCUCUGGUGGUCUUGCGGUCUUCACUUUUAAAAGACGGGAGUACCCUUCAAAUUGGGAUAAGUGGAACAAAAGUAAACACGAUUCGGGAUUUGGGUGUGACCGGUGUGGAUCCGAAAUAUUGGAUUUCACGCUACAUAAGAACAAAUUGGUUUUCUCCCAUCUUUCCAUUGGCAGCCUGAAGAAUGCUCGACUAGUUUGCAAGGACUGGAAUGAACAAGCGCCUCCCAUUUUGCGAGCAAAAUCCGUCGUAAAUUUUGCUCUUCAUUCCAACUAUUUAACUCCUUCGCUAAUAUUUCUGAGAUACGUCCAUGAAAUGAAGAACGCCACACCAUGGCCAAAUUGGAAAAUUUCCUAUCCCGAGAUUUCAGCCGAAGGGCGUGAUGAGAGAAAAUGGGGAGUCAAGUAUAUCGAAGAUUUUACCUGGUUCCUUCGAUCGCAAAGGGGUCAUCACGUCAAAAGUUUGUCUCUGUGUGGCACCAUCAGCUCUGACCUGGAUUACGGGACAUACCUCAAACCCGUUUUACAACUUAAAGACACCCUGGAAGAAUUAAGACUGGAUUUCACCAUGAAAAUAUUUGAUGAUGACGGCAACGAGAAGAAAUAUGCUAUUACUGGAUUGGGUUCAAUUUAUCUGAAAAGUCUGAAAAAGUUUUCAAUCGAACUGCGUUUCGACGAUAAGCCGAUACCCCUUCCACAAUUUGAGGCGCCAUGGAUGAAAAUCUGGGCAAAGGCGAUCAACCGUGUCGACUCCAUUGUUACGCUAGGCGAUGCUUCAUUCAUGUCACGAUUUAUCCAAGAGUUACAAAGUAGCAUGGGAACUUGGUCGUACCAAAGGUUAACUGAGGUCAUGUUGACGUGCAAGGGGUCGGAUGGAAUCAAAUUUCUCACCGAGGUCAACCAGCCCCUGAAGAAGAUGACCUUUACGGUGCCUUUGGAAAAUGGGAACCUUCCCGACUUUGAAAAUUUGCUGAAGAAACACGCCCCGUCAUUGGAACUGCUUAGUUUUCGAAUCUCCACGGACGGCAUGGAAGGAAAGUCUAGUUUCGUUGUGAAUUUCCCAGGAUUUCCAAAACUGAAAGAGCUAGAUGUUAAUUUUGGAACAUAUGAUGAUUACGACGACGAGUACUGUUUCAUUGAGAAUGAGGCGCGAUUAAGUCUCGCAUUUCCGUGUGGCGAGGAUGAUCCUGAUGAUAAUUCGAUUAACUAUGAAGUCCACCUUCCCUCGAUUUGUGCUAUCGUCUUGAGCCCGGAAUUUAAUGAUGAUGCAGGAGAUUUUUGGAACACGUACGGCGGUUUCGUGGACAGUCUUCUACCCAAAGAAGAAGGACAACUUUGCAAGACGCUGCAAUCUUUGGAAAUGCCGACUUGUGCCGAGAAUGCGAUUGAGACAGGAUAUCUUCGAGCUGCUCGACUGCCUGAGGUAUUUCCAAACGUGCGAAAUGAAUGGAUGGACCGAUUAAGGGAGAUGAAGCACAAAAUUUAAGUAUAAAUUUAAGUUUUUAACCAUUGGGUAAAGUAUUUACCGUGUGCACUGUUUCCACACUGAUAUAAUAUGAAUAAGAUGAUGAACUUUUCAAUGUAUAUAUGUAGUAUUUCCUAAUUAUUAGUGUUAAUUGGCAAUAUUUUUGGCAACUUUUCUAUUGUAAUGCGCUUUUGCAUGAGUAAUAUGUUACAUAUAUAUAUACCCAUUUCAGCUCAAUAUAAAUUAAAUUACAAGUAGUAAGUUAUCAAAUUUUCAA